GAAAAAGAUCCCAUCCUUCACUGUCAUUGUCAACGCCAUACCAUACCAUACCAUAACAUACCGUGCCAUACCAUUACCAUCGCCACUUCCCCCCCUCUUCCUCUUCGUCCCUCUUGUCUCAUCAGUUCAUCCUUCCCUUCAUUCACUGUGAUUCCCAGAUCUGUACGCAUCGUAUCCUGUCCCGUCGCCGCCUCUCAUGAGUCGCUACGAUCCCAACCCCUUCGAGGAAGAAGAGGUCAAUCCCUUCGCGGACCAAGGUGGUCGAGGGAAGGGUGGAGGGAAGCCAAACUAUGGUGGUGGUGCUUUCUAUACGACGAAUCCUGGGAGUGUCCCACCAGCGACUUCAAGGCUUUCACCACUUCCUCCUGAGCCCUAUGAUCGUGGUGCAACAAUAGAUAUUCCUCUUGAUUCCUCAAAGGAUCUUAAAGCAAAGGAGAAGGAACUUCAGGCUAAAGAAGCAGAAUUAAAGAAGAGGGAACAGGAACUAAAAAGAAAGGAAGAUGCCAUAGCACGGGCUGGAAUUGUCAUAGAGGAGAAAAACUGGCCACCAUUUUUCCCUCUAAUCCAUCAUGACAUUGCAAAUGAAAUACCGAUCCAUCUACAAAGAGUCCAAUAUGUUGCAUUCACAACAUAUUUGGGUUUGGUUCUCUGUCUGCUCUGGAAUAUUGUGGCUGUCACUACUGCCUGGAUCAAGGGAGAAGGUCCAACUAUUUGGUUUCUUGCUAUCAUCUAUUUCAUCUCAGGGGUUCCUGGAGGCUAUGUUCUGUGGUAUCGACCCCUCUACCGGGCUAUGAGGACUGAUAGUGCGCUGAAGUUUGGCUGGUUUUUCAUGUUCUACCUGCUUCAUAUUGGUUUUGUCAUCUUCGCGGCCGUUGCUCCUCCAAUCAUAUUCAAGGGGAAAUCUCUUACGGGUAUUUUGCCUGCAAUAGAUCUUUUGAGCCAGCAUGCUUUGGUUGGGAUAUUCUAUCUUGUCGGGUUCGGGCUGUUCUGUGUCGAGUCACUUCUCAGCAUCUGGGUCAUUCAGCAAGUUUACAUGUACUUCCGUGGAAGUGGCAAAGCUGCCGAAAUGAAGCGAGACGCUGCAAGAGGAACUAUGAUGGCCGCACUUUGAUAGUCACUCAGCAAUGAAGAAAUGAAAGACAAAGCAUUUUGGCCUUAGAUGCUUGUUCAAUCUGCCAUUGUUCAAAUCAGAUUCUUUCUUUCCUUUGCUUUUUUCAUUUUUUCCGACUAUUUCAGAGAAUCUCAAUCCUUUAUUCUUAUUAUUAUUUUUGUCUGUUGAACUUUUGUAAGCUAAGAGGGUUGUUUGGUUUAACUUUAUCGACGGUAAAACUAUAGCUGCUAUAAUGUUACAUAAAAGUAGGCAACAUUUUGAUGGACUGAUUGACCUCACGAUCUUUCUGAAUGUACAUACAUUUCUAUGAA